AUGGCGGCGUCUCGGCCGCUCCCCGCCACGCCCGAGCUGCCCGCGCUGGGCGCCACGCUGCGGCGGCUGCUGCAUUUCCUGCGGGGGGCCCUGCGCAUUUCCGGCGCGCACACGGUGGAUUUCUACGCCGAGGCCGUGUGGCAGCGACACGUCGACCUGCCCCCGGACACGGUGCUGGCCGUGCUCCGGCGCUCGGCGGCCGACACGAGCCCCGCGGGAGCGCGCCCCCUGGCGGAAGGCGAGAGGGGAGCGGGUAUUCAAGAUUUCCCUAGAAUAUUUUGUGAAACUUCCCAGAAGCUUGUGAACGUGGAAGCCUUUGCGAUAACAGUGAAAUAUUUUUCUCUAGAGAACCUGGGAUUCUGUACUCCUUUGGAGCAGUUGCUAGUAACCUUCAGAGGAAAGCAUAAACACACAACUGGUGAAAAUGUGAAGUACGAUGAGUUUAUGAACAUGAAAAAAUCUCAUGAGGUCCAAGCAAUGUCCGAGCUAAUUAGCAGUCUUGCUGAUUACUGUGGAAUAAAGCAGGUGAUUGAUGUGGGUUCAGGAAAAGGCUACCUCAGCUCCUUUUUGUCCCUGAAGUAUGGCCUAAAAGUUUAUGGGAUUGACUCCUCGAAUACUAAUACUCACAGAGCCAAGGAAAGAAACAGAAAACUGAAGAAGCACUGGAAGGUCUAUCAGACUUCAUCAAGAUCAGAGGAGAAUGGACAGGAUUUGAAAAUGACAAGAGAAAGGGAUCUAGCUGAUGGAAUUAAAUAUAAAGCAGAUAAUGAGAGAGAAUGGACAAGGUUCCCUGCAAAUCAAGAGAUAUUUACCUCUGCCUGUCUGCCAGAGACUUCAGGCUCUGUAAAUUCUAACAUCAGAAGCCAAAUGGAAAAUCUGCAUGUUUAUUCACAAGGGGAAAGUCUGUGCUUUGAUAGCACCAUACCUCUUUCAGAUCUUUUGCCUGUAGAUGCUAUAGAACCGACUUCUCUGUCCCAAAUACCCAACAGAAAAAUGUCUGAGGCCAGUAAAGAGGGAAGAAAGACUGCGUCCAUAUCAAAGGAACCAAAUAUAUACUCAUCUUUAACAUCUUUUAUCACUGCGGAUUCUGAGCUACAUGAUAUUAUUAAUGAUCUAGAGGACUGUUUGAUGGUAGGUCUACAUACUUGUGGUGAUCUUGCUCCUAAUACUCUACGAAUAUUCACUUCCAUGUCUGAAGUCAAGGGUGUUUGCAGUGUGGGUUGCUGUUACCAUCUCUUAUGUGAAGAGUUUGAAAACCCACUUUCAGCUGCAGAACGCACCAAAGAAAAGUGGGGAUUUCCAAUGUGCCGCUACUUAAAGGAGGAGAGAUGGUCCUGUGGUCGUAAUGCCAGAAUGUCAGCAUGUUUGGCACUGGAGCGGGUUGCAGUUGGCCAGGGGCUCUCUACUGAAUCAUUGUUCUAUCGUGCUGUCCUUCAAGUUAUUAUUAAAGAUUGUUAUGGCAUCACCAAAUGUGAUCAGCAUGUUGGUAAAAUUUUUUCCAAGUCCUCUUCCUUUCUGGAUUAUGUCAGGAAGUCUUUAAAGAAGCUGGGAUUAGAUGAGUCCAAGUUGACAGAGAAAAUCAUAAUGAACUACUAUGAGAAAUAUAAACCUCGGAUGAAUGAGCUUGAAGCUUUUAACAUGUUGAAGGUUUUUCUGGCUCCUUGUAUAGAAACAUUAAUUCUUCUAGAUCGACUUUGCUACCUUAAAGAGCAGGAAGAUGUUGCCUGGUCUGCACUUGUGAAGUUGUUUGAUCCUGUGAAAUCCCCCAGGUGUUAUGCUGUUGUUGCUCUGAAGACAAAGCAUUAAGUUCACUUGUUUCAGACUUGCUAUUUUGGGACUAUAUUGGUAUCACUGGUUUCCUCAACGAUUAUGUCAUUCCAUGUAGAUACUGAAAUUUUUUAUUAUAUAUUUUAAAUUAAAAAUGUAUUUUCAAAACAUACAUAAAAUAAUAACCUA